GGUCGCCCUAAUGAUAAAGCGCUAAUCUCAAUCUGUGGGAAGGUUGUGAGGAUGUUGUCAUGUGUUUUCCAGAGACUUUUCAGUCAACUCAGUUUUCGUACUCUUAAUUUGACCCCAUUUUUCCGAAGUCCUAUUCCCAAGGCUUUUGUUUCCAGCUCGCCGGCCUUUGUAUAUAGAUCUCAUGCUUGUGGUGAGCUGAGUACGCGACAUAUCAACUCAACAGUUACAGUGUGCGGAUGGCUUGAAUAUUGUCGAAUGUCAUCUCGUUUUCUUGUUCUUCGUGAUGAUCGUGGUUUAGUACAAAUAUAUUGUGACAAAAAUUCUCUCCGAAUUCCGCAAUUUACUUUUGAGUCUGUCCUGAGAGUGACAGGUAAAGUUCAAGCACGUCCGGAAAAGGAUGUAAAUAAGCUUAUGCCAACUGGUGAAAUUGAAAUAGUUGCCGAAAGCAUUGAAAUCCUCAAUCAUUCGUCUUUACUUUCUUUUCUUCCGAAAGAUGCGGCGAAUGUUAGUUGUUAUCCUACGAUCACUCAGUCAUUUUAAGGUCAAUGAAACUGAAAGAUUAAGGUAUCGUUACCUUGAUCUUCGUUCGUCGAAUAUGCAAAGAAACAUACGGUUUCGUUCAUCUAUCACAUUGCAAAUGCGAAGCUUCUUAUGUCAAAAUAAUGGUUUUAUUGAAAUCGAAACUCCAUAUUUGUUCAAAAUUACUCCAGGGGGUGCCCGUGAGUUUAUUGUGCCUACCAAGUUUCCUGGAUUAUGGUAUUGCUUACCUCAGAGCCCCCAACAAUUCAAGCAACUUUUGGUGAUAAGUGGAUUUGGUAAAUAUAUGCAGAUCGCUAGGUGUUUUCGUGACGAGACUUCUAGGUCUGACAGACAGCCCGAGUUUACUCAGUUGGACAUAGAAAUGGCAUUUAUCACUCCAGAUGAUAUUUAUGAAAUAAUUGAGAACAUGUUGCUAUAUAUUUGGCCUACAGUUCAGAGUACUUCAGGUUGUCAACCCAUUUCAACACCCUUUUCGCGCAUGAAAUAUUGUGAUGCUAUGUCACGAUAUGGAAGUGACAAACCAGAUGUACGCUUCGGUUUCUUAUUUUCAUAUUCCGCAGUUGAUGGACACACCGGUUUUAAUAUACCAAGAAAAUAUUCAUCAAGUUUAAGUUCUGAAGAUUGGGACUCUUUGGAGGAUUUGGUCUUUCGUUUAACAGGCCAAAGAAUAUCAAUUUUUACAGUUCAAAAUAUCAAGUCAAAACACUUGGACUUACUAAAUUUAUUAAAACCAGAGUGUGGUGAUUCAGUUGUCUUCAUUAAAGGAAAUACAGAAACUGAGUUAAAAGCACUGGGCACGGCACGAGUUGAAAUCGCUAAGCUUAUUGAUUCGAAAGGUUUGUCAAUUUAUGAACCCGGAUUCCAUUUCCUUUGGGUAAAUCAAUUUCCAUUGUUUGAAAAAAAUAACUUAGGUCAAUGGACAUCAGUGCAUCAUCCGUUCACUGCUGCGUCACCAGAGACAGCACAUUUCUUGUAUACUGAUCCGAGCAAAGUCAUCGGUUUGCAUUACGAUUUAGUUUGUAAUGGUCAAGAGGUUGGAGGCGGUUCAAUUCGGGUACAUAAUCCUGAGGUGCAAAGGCAUAUUUUUACCGAAAUUCUCAAGGAAAAUUCUUGUGAAAUGGAAUACUUUUUAACUGCCCUAAAUUCGGGAGCUCCACCGCAUGGUGGGAUUGCGUUAGGUCUCGAUCGUUUAAUUGCAAUAUUUGUAAAGGCCAAAUCAAUCAGAGAUGUAAUUGCUUUCCCAAAAGCGGCUGAUGGGAAAGAUCUCUUAUGUGGGACACCAACUAUGGUAGAUGAUGAAAUCUUAUCACAGUAUUGCAUUUCUGUUUCCAAUCUUAAUAAAAGUUGAUUUCU